CUCACACAUCUGCGAAAAGUACAAUUCAAAUGUUCCAGUUUGUGCAGAGGAUUUCACCGAACAUUGCUUCCUGAACCUGUGAGAGAUCAAGACCGCCUGUGCACGGAAGCUUUGGUUAAAAGUGGGGUCCAUUCCAACCAAUACAACUCUGCAAUGACAGUCUGGCGCUUCAGAUUCACAGCCUGUUGUUUCUGAAGACAGUGAAACUGAUCACAUGAUGCCCCAGAAUGAAUAUGAAGAAGAUUUAAAUAAGUUAAAAAAUAGUCAAGCCGUCUUUAAUGACUAUGAAAACACAGGAUAUGAUCGUGGGCAUCUGUACCCCAACAGUUACAGAUGCAGACCCGAACGUAGUGUGACCUAUACACUGACCAAUGUUGCACCUAUGGAUGCUUGCUUCAACCGCAUUCAGUGGAAGAUCUGGGAGGGUUAUUUGAAAAGCUUUUUAGAUGCAUUUUUUAAUGAUAUUGAUGAUGCUGAAGUAUACAUUAUCACAGGUACUGUGCCUGGUAAUGACAAAAUACCACAAAGUGAAAAAAGGGUCACAGUUCCAUCUCAUAUCUGGACAGCUGUCUGUUAUAACCACAAAGAUAACGUAACAAAGUCUUUUUCCUUUGGCUUUCUAGGAAUUAACAAGCCUGAAUUUAACAUAAAGUUAAUGAGUGUUUCAGAAAUGAAUAAGAAGCUUGAUGAACUAUAUGAACAAUCAACUCCAUCAGUUCAGAUUUUUCAUGAUAAUUGUUUUAGUGACAAGCCAGCAUCCGACAAUGCUAUUCAAGAAUUCCUUAAAAGAAUUAAAUUACCAGAGGACCAAAGACUUCAAAUGUCUGAAGAUGCUCAGAACAACUUGUUUGCACUCCAAAACAUCAUCAGUAGUGACAAUAACAGUCCUUCGACAUCAAUGCCUCAAAUUACUCAACUGUCAGCAACACUUACCUAUGAGAGCUUGAGCUCUUAUUUCAAAUCAACUGAAAGGAACAAAAGAAAGAUUAAGACUGCUUGUGUUAUAUCUGAUGACAAAAAAAGUCGCAGGUCUGAUAAAUGUCAUGAUCUCUGGAAAAGGCAGGUGUCUGAGGGGUCGGAAUCUGUUGAAUGUCAGCUGGUCCCGGAGAAAUCUUUUGAUAAGAAGACCGCAGCUGACGGCUCACCAUGCAUCAGCUAUACAGAUAAUAGUUACAGAUGUACAUGCUCCACAGAAGGAGGACAAAACAAGCCUUGCUGCUCUACACCCUGCCUGUAUCAGGAUAGUCUUAAUGACUACCUGUGUUACUCAGGUGGGACACAGAUACAGUGUUCACCUCAGUACUCUCUAAUCGCCACUGCAGGACAGAGAUGUCGAGUUGAUCAUCCCUGUGCCACAUAUGGACAAGACUACUACUGGUGUUACACAGAAGACAAGUCCCAGGCAUACUGCAGCCCUCCGCUCUGGGGAAGUAGGGGUAGAGAUGGAAAGUAUUGCCGCAGGAACCACGCCUGUGCAAAGUACAAUAAACGCUACCAAUGGUGCUACACAGAUCAUGAUAACAGCUGGAACUAUUGUUGUACUUCUGACACCUACUUCUCCACUAUCAGUGAAAAAACCUGCAAGCCUGAUUCCCCAUGUGGUUACCAUUACAAAAAUUACCUGUGGUGCGAAACCACUGAUGGCAGUUGGGAUUAUUGUUGCAAAGAGUUUUUAAAACAAUGA